AUGUACAGUGUAGGGGCGGGAGCAGCUUACAGGAUCCUAGAAGGCGGUGCGCGUGAGCGUAUUGCGAUGCAACUCGCAGAGCAAGUCGCUAAACGAAGGAGGCCCACCACACCCAGACGAACGCCUACGCCACAGAGUUUUCGUACGAAUACGGAACGUUUGGCGAGCAUGUCACCUGCAGCGAGGAAAUUGGCGGCAAAACAUUUACUGUCGCCCCGAUUGAAGCUUACUCCUAAUGAUAUGGGAAUAUCUCACCCUACCACGAAAACGCCCACACCCCGGCGACCUUUAGUGGCCACGCCCAGUCACGGGACGCCUGUAAAUGGCAACACCACUCCGGACGACAACUUAACUGAUAAUCUGCUUCAAAUUAAUGUGGCGAAACGAAGUAGAUUAAAAGCCAAAGACUUUUUUAUUUAG